AGAACGUGGUCAGACGUCGAAGCGCGUGGUCGUGGAGUUUUCCGAGAAAAUCCAGGGCGGAAAACAAACAGUGCGAGGCAGCAGCAGCAGCAACAACAGCUAUCUAGAGCAAAGGAAAUUUGACCGACUUUGAUGUGAACCGGACACGAGGGCGAGCACAGGAACAGACGGAAACCAAGCGAACAGCAAAAAGAACCAAGCAGAGGAGCCACGCCAAUAGUGUGCAAAUUAAUAAAGUCGGAGCAGCAUGGAUGAGGAGCACGACGACGAUCGAAUAAUAUGAGAUUAGAUGGGGCUCUAGAGCCCCGGCCCCGUCAAGGAGCUGCCACAAUCAAGGGCCGCCAGCCCCUGAGGCGCGAAACACGCGAACCAUGUGAGACGCAACAGCAGCAGCCAGCUGACGAAGACGACGACGCCACAGACGCUGAGUGUUUGACCACCAACAGCAGCAGCAGCAGCAGCAGCACCAGCAGCAACAAUUGCCAAGCCAACUUGGUCUCCAAUCCAAAGAGAACACCAUCAGCAACGCCCACGCCCAGAAAAACAACAGGCGGCAGAGGCAAUACCAGGCAUACCAUAUUAAUGGCGCCCAACGUGGGGCAUCAGCGGAAGAGCCUUGGCCUGCGACUUCCGAUGAAGCAGGGCCGCAGCCGGCGGAGGAUGUUGGGUGCGGAAUGGGGCUGGGAGCGCCUUAACGGCCUGCUCCUGUGCCUGAUUUCCGUUAUUGCCCUGCUGCCGCCGCUGACGCUCGGCGAUGACGGCGAUAAUUUCUUUGCCGUGAAUGCCUUUAGUGCGGGUCCGGAGACGACAACGCCAGAGUUCGAUUAUGCCAGCCGUGGGCAGAAGAAGUUCGGCGACAAGUGCGAUAAUACCCUGGAAUGCGGCUUCCCCGGCUCCAUCUGCGAUCCCAAGAAGAAGUCCUGCCAGUGCACCGAGGAUCUGCCCGUCACCAAUCACUAUGACAAAUGUGGCAAAGAGGCCGCCGUGAACGAGUCCUGCUUCUUCAACGAGCAGUGCGAGAUGCGAUACUUCCAGACGGAGUGCCGUGAUGGACGCUGCAUCUGCCGGUUCGAGAUGUCGCCCAUUUGGGGCAAGGACGGAUCCGUGGAGUGCAAAGGGCGCCAGGACAAGAGGGGACCCGAGACCUACAUCGACCCGGCCAUGAUUGGCGUGCUGGUAGGAAUGGCAUUGAUGUUUGUUAUUAUUUGUGUCGUCCUGCGAUUGUUUAGCCAAGCUCGCUGGCGUGAGAACCGAACCAUCUUCAACACGCCCAAUCCUCGCCUGAUGAACGUCUCCCUGCUGCGGGACAGCAAGCUGCUCCACGGCCAGGAGCGCCGAGGGUCCAGGAUGUCGGUGCGGGCGCCAUCCCGGCAGCCCAGCAUGGCCUCCCUGCGGCCCCACUCCCCCAAUCCGUCGCUAGGUAAGACAGGCUCCCAUUCCGAGUCGCAUGGCAGCAAUGCAUCCGCAGCCUCGGUGCGCUCCAACCGCAGCAACUCAGUGGCUCCCGGCAAGGUCGUCCACCACGAGCGCCACGGAUCCGCCCAUCGCCAGCACCACCCACAUGGCCACCAGCCGAAGGAGCAGCCGCAGUCGCCGCAGUCGCAGGACCAGUCGCUGAUCACCAACAUCACCACGAACCCGGUGGCCGAGAGCGUUACCGUCGAGAUCAUCGAGCCGGGUCAGAAGUAAGGAAACAGGAUGGCUACUUCAAGCACAAAGCUAUGAUGGCAUGGGCAGGAUUAACUGGCUAACUCUCUGACACACGAACACAGGACACGAAAUGCAGCACAAACUAUAGGAACAUCUAGUCACGGUAUAUGCACGCGAUAAUAAGGCGGGCACGCUCCCAAAAGGGGCGUGGCCGGCGAACAACACACAAAAAAUCGAAUUACACAUGGAGGCCAUUGUUCGACUCUUUUUGACAAAGACCAUUUUUGCGAUUAAUGGAAAUUUUUUAACCAAACCAAUUAUAUACUUACUAUAUGAAUAUGGAGCGUGUAAAGAAACACACACACACAUACACCCAGAACAAUGCUAAAUGAAUUACUUACGUACGACUACACCGUAAAAAAUAAUUGAAAAAAACCUUGCAUAACAAAUUCAUACUACUCUUUUUUUCAACCAAAAAAAAACACAAAAACCAAAUACAAAGAAACAAAAACGAUGCAACCGAUAAGGGAAACUUUACUAAUUUAAAUAACAUAUUGUAAUGCAGUUAUAUAACUAAGCUUUGGGUUAAAGGCUUUAAGGAUUUAAGGAUUUAAAACACAGAAUAGGAAAACAGAGAAUUCACAGCGUAGGGAAACUAGGGCAUGAUCUCAAUCGUAGUGUUCUUUAGCCAGCCAUCGGAGGCACUGCAUCGUGGCCAAAGAUGCGUUUAAUUGGCCGAAACCAAAUGCAAACCGCUGAUACAACGCCUUAUCUAUAUACUAAUAUUAUAGAUCCAAUUGCCGCUCUAGCUCCCACAUAUGGAUGUUAUUACCCAGAGUCGAUGAGAAACCAAGUUGAAGAAAUAUUUAACAACCUCGGGACCAUAUUUUAUAAUCAAAAUAUGCGUUUCAUUGCGAAGCACGCACAUUCACCUUAUCCUUAUCCUCGUUUCCUUCGGCAUUAGCUUUUCGUUCCCGAACGGAUCUGGGUUCGGAUGCAAAGGAGUACCUAUACUUUAUAUCAACUAGCUGAGCAAAUUUUAGGGAACACUGACAACAUGAUAUUAAGCAUAACGACUACACCAAAAUCUAAAUUGACUUCCAGUUGACGGUAUGGAUUUCACACCUAAGUUUCAACUUUUAAGCUGAUUUACUCACACCGCACAUUGCUGGUCGGGCCGAGGAUUUUCGGGCAGUGCACUGGGCUAGCCGGAAAUAGGGGAAGAUUUGCGGGUCUGUCCAAUGCGAAGGCCGAAUGGUACAUCGGCUGCAGAUCUGCAGUUUAUAGCCAUAGUAGGAAUAGAAAUCGAUAUUGAUAAGGUUUAGUUGUUGCCCCCAAAAAACCGACAGACGAUUCUCAUUUGCUUUUGUGCUCAAUCAAAGAAGCUUAACUGUGAGAAUACCAAAAUGAAUACAAGAUACAAGUAAACGUAGAGCGAAAAAAUCUUAAAGUUGCUUGAGAACCUCUAGCUAAACAAUUACAAUUAGAGUGACGAGGAGAAAACUUACGGAAAAUACAAAAAAAAACGAAAACAAUUUUAUUAAAGCAUCGAAUUUUUCUUAAAACAAAACGAGCAAACAAACAAUCUUAUUUCUAGGACAACCAAAUCUAGUUACUUAUUUACAUUCUAAAGGGCAUUCAGAAAACAAUUUAGGCUUUGGAAUUUGGGGAAGAAUUUCAAGGUCUAACUUUGUUUUACCAACCGCAAGACACUUACAUCUAAGCACCAAAGAUCUAGAGUAUAUUACAACUAAUUAUAAAGAGGAUACAAAUAAAUGAGUCACUGAUUUUUCUAUUUACAUCAAAUAUUGUUGAAGGCAGACUUUAAGCGAAUUUUAAAUAAGCUACGAGGAGAAUAUUUUAAAACCAAUUAUAUACAUACAUAAAUAUGCUUUAUUUACUUUAAUAUUUACAUUAUACACAACCACAUCCAACUAUAUAUGAACUUGUAUUAAAGUUUCGUGGAAAACUGCUACCAAACCGAAUGCGAUAAUUCAUUUACACUCUACCAAGAAAAACAACAAUUUUAUAUAAGAAGCGAAAUCGAAAUCGAUAUCUUGUAAUGCUAAUAUUAUACAUCUAGAAUCAAACGCCAUUAUCGCACAUCUAAGCCAUACAAAUCGAAACUAAAGUGAAGCGAGGAGACAACCUAAAUCUUUAAGCCUAGAAGAGAAGCAACUUAUAGAGUUCAACAUUUCGAUUUUCAUGCGACUUGUAACUACAGAGAAAACAAAGCAAAACCAAACCAAAAGGAUACUAGAAAGGAUCGUAGUUAUAGAGAGCGAAUCAAAGCCAGACAGUACGAGUAGCAAAAUAUAGACGAUGGUAAUGUAAUCUUAACCUACAAGACAAAUUGCUUUUUCAAAUUCCAGAAGGCAAACGAUCGAUCGAGUAUAUUAUGAACUACAUAUAAAGUAUAUACAUAUAUAUAACUAUAUUUAAAGAUCAGUUCACUAUAAUA